AGGAGCCGUACGAUGUUGGGAGUCGAACGUUGUGGGUUGAUAUGUUCGUCGAUUUCGUGUGUUUCCUACAUUUCAUGUCAAGUGUAAACAUGAGUGCGUUCAGUCAGUGAAGCCAUCAUUGAACACAGCAAAUACCCCAUGCAAAAAAGACCAGGCGAAACAGAGGGGCCAAGAUGGACAUGGGGGACAAGAUCCGGAGAAUCAAGAGGUUUCUUGAGAGCAACUUAUCGUUCGCACGCUAUCAUCCCAGCCUCGCCUUCAAGAGGUCUCGCAAGGCGUUGCUGCUCCUGAUGAUAGCCUUGGGUCUGAUCCUCUAUUUGGGACCUUCAUUCUACCGAUGGCUCAGGCACAAAACUCCAAUUAUGAUAGAUCCUAACAUAGGCUGCGUGGCACUUAGUGUGGACCCCUUCUUGAGAGAUGCAGCCAGUUAUGAUGCUAAUAUUUAUCGAAGCUAUGAAGAAUCCACAGACCAUCGCCUUCUCACUUUCGUUGGCAAUGGAAAAGUGGGCUUCUCUGUUGCCCAGGACGACACCCUGUUUGUACAGAGCAAUCGUACGCUUUCCCAACCCCUGCCCUUUCACCCAGGAGUACAAAUUCUUCUUCCAGAAGGUUCUUCCCAUCAGGAAGGUGACGUGAUGCACUUUGUAAAGGGGACUUAUUUUCGAUUUCAGUGCUUCAGUCAAAGGCGCAAAACAGUCAGCAUAAGCCACACAUACUACGCACACCGCACCAUACCUUCCCUCAUUGUGCAGAACAUCCGUAUCGUCAACCCUCUUAGUGAACCCAUCACACUAAAGGUCUACCAAAAGGGGUCCACAUCCGAAGACCUGCAAGCAAAGUCAUAUGGGAUUCAAGAUCGUUAUGGACAAGACAUGGUGGCGUGGCACGGGCAGGUGCCUUCCGGAGACCGUGUCAUCGCAUUUGCCCUCCUCACACCAAGGUUGCCAACUUCGCUCACCGUGGAGGCCAAAAGCUCCGCAACACUAAAGGUGCAGACGCUUGUGGACUACUCGGAGCCUGUGAAGAGAGACAAGUACCCGUCCAAGGUGGCUGCACUACACGAAUUUCUCAGAGAGGAAAUGCAGCGAGUAGUGAGCAUCGAAAGUCACGUCCUUCGAAACAUGCACCUUGAUGCAUGGGCAAGGCUGUGGAGCUCUGGCUUCAGCAUCAGUGAGUCUAAGGCGGAAGGCGCUCUCAACGGGGACCGAAUCAAUGGGACGCUUUACUACCUGUUGAGCCAUGUGCCUCAUCGCAGUCCUCGUCUACUGGAGGAGACGCUCGCGUACCCCGAGCAUUGCUACGGAGGACAUCGCACGCUACAAGCAUCUACUCUUUGGGGAGACCUCACAGAUGCAACCAGCGCUCUCAAUGCUGUUACCCUUUGGAUGCUUACACUGGAGAACCAGGGCUGCUCUAAGCUCAUUCGAGCUGGAACGGAAGGAGUGCUUCAGGCAGUCCUCUUGAGUUUGGGGGCGUUCCUCUUUAAGGAAGAUCACAUGGAACUAAAUGCUCACCCCGGUGACCUGCACCGCGAGCUUUCGUUCCGACGUCUCUGCUAUGGAAAUUCCACCCACCUUAAUGUGAGCGUUAUAUUGGCUCCCGACAAUCACGCCCUUCUGCAGGUGGCACUGGAUCGCAGCGAUCGCCAGUACUAUGCUUGUGAUGGAGGAUGUCUUGAUCCACCUGUGAGACUGGGGUUCAAACCCACCCAGUUUCCUGUGAAGCUUACAGCUCCAGUUACGGCUGUUCUGUACAUAACAGCAGACAAGCAGCACAUGGAGGAGCUGAAACAUACCAUUCACGUACAAGAAGUGGCAGAAGCACCACCACAUGAGCAUCAUGUGAUAGCACUGCACAGGCACGGACACCAACUAGGAGGCCUGCCUGCACUCUUCUGGGUAUCCAUCGCCUUCCUUAUUGUUGUGUUCCACCUAUUUCUUGCAAAGCUCAUCUAUAACGAGUACUGUGGCACUCAGCCCUCAAAUGAGAAGACAUCACGUGCAAGGUACCUUGCAUAGCAGAGAUCGGUAGAGAGAUAACGGCAUUCGUGGGUGACUUCUUCAAGAUUUAACUUUUUAAAGGCAGCGUGCACAUGAAGGCAAUGAAACUGGUGAAGGUGACGAACUUUUGACUUGAUCCUCAAUGUGCCUGGAACGCAUGUCCUGCUACCACAGCCAUCGGGAAUGGGUGACCUUUUCUUGUGAGGUGCAAGAGUGUCUUAGCUCCCGUCAUCUCUGGCGAUGUCCGUUGUGGACAACAACUAUCAGAGUCUGUACUGGACAAUGAGAUAAGCACAAUUAAUUACAUCAUGAUGAUAUGAUAUGAUGAGCACUGUACAGUAUAAAAUGAAUUAGAGCUUUAAUUUUUUUUUCGCA